GCAUUAUAAAAACCCUUUGGUUCACGUGUGAAAAAAGACUCUGGGGUGGGGAAGCAGUGACUUGUGGGAUGCGGCAAGAGAGAGACAGAGGAGAGAGUGUCUGACACAGAGACUGAAACAACAGCGACGAGAGGAGCGGGAAAGAAAAGGAGGAUAGCAAUAAAAUAACCCGUCUUAUUGUUAAUUUAGCAAGCGCGUGACAUUCAGGUUUGCUUAGACAGUGGAAGAAAAAGUUCAAAUCCCACGAAACAGCGCGUGGGAGUGGGAAGCAGGAUCGUGACUGACUGAGGCAAGCCCCACUGUCUGUCUCGACAUGGCAGGACCUGGAGGUGACAUGCAGUGGUGCUUCUCUCAGGUGAAAGGAGCCAUUGAUGAUGACGUAGCUGAAGCGGACAUCAUAUCCACAGUUGAAUUCAACCACACAGGGGAGCUGCUAGCUACUGGAGACAAGGGUGGACGUGUAGUCAUUUUCCAGCAGGAAAUCGAGAAUAAGAAUCUGCCUCAGUUCCGGAGUGAAUACAAUGUUUACAGCACUUUCCAGAGCCAUGAGCCAGAGUUUGACUACUUGAAGAGUUUGGAAAUAGAAGAGAAGAUCAACAAGAUUCGCUGGCUUCCCCAGAAGAAUGCUGCUCAGUUCUUGUUGUCAACUAACGAUAAGACAAUCAAGUUGUGGAAAAUCAGUGAACGAGACAAGAGGCCAGAGGGUUAUAAUCUAAAAGAGGAGGAUGGACGCUACAAAGAUCCCAACACUAUCACGUCACUGCGGGUACCAGUUUUAAUACCCAUGGACCUCAUGGUGGAAGCCAGUCCACGGAGGGUGUUUGCCAACGCUCACACCUACCAUAUCAACUCUAUCUCAGUCAACAGUGACGACGAGACUUACCUGUCUGCAGACGACCUCCGCAUCAACCUCUGGCACCUCGAGAUCACCGACCGCAGCUUCAAUAUCGUUGACAUUAAACCGGCCAACAUGGAGGAGCUAACGGAGGUGAUCACAGCAGCCGAGUUCCAUCCUCAUCAGUGUAACACCUUUGUUUACAGCAGCAGCAAAGGAACCCUCCGUCUGUGUGACAUGAGGGCAUCAGCACUGUGUGACAAGCACUCCAAAUUGUUUGAGGAGCCAGAAGACCCCAGUAAUCGCUCCUUCUUCUCUGAGAUCAUAUCUUCAAUCUCAGAUGUCAAGUUUAGCCACAAUGGACGCUACAUGAUGACCAGAGACUACCUGUCUGUUAAGAUUUGGGAUCUGAACAUGGAGAACAGGCCUGUGGAGACCUAUCAGGUUCAUGAGUACCUGAGGAGCAAGCUGUGCUCGCUGUACGAGAACGACUGCAUCUUUGAUAAGUUUGAAUGCUGCUGGAAUGGCAAUGACAGUGUGGUGAUGACUGGCUCAUACAACAACUUCUUCCGGAUGUUCGACCGUGGCCAAAGGCGGGAUGUAACCUUGGAGGCCUCCCGCGAAAACAGCAAGCCCAUGCAGGUCCUCAAGCCUCGCAAAGUGUGCGCAGGAGGCAAGCGCAAGAAGGAUGAAAUCAGCGUGGACAGUUUGGACUUCAACAAGAAGAUCCUUCACACUGCCUGGCAUCCCCAGGACAACAUCAUCGCCGUGGCGACGACCAACAAUCUCUACAUAUUCCAAGAUAAAGUGAACUAACACCGGGGUGGGCUCAUGUGAGAUCUGGCGUAGGUGACAUCACGCACCUGCAGCCUCACUCGGAGUGAUGUGCGGUAACGCCGACAACCAGCAUCCCUGUCCGUCGCUACCGGGUGACCAGACUUUGCCACUUCGUUCUAGAUGUGUACAGAGGAAGCCUCGCUUUUGCCCAUCAUCAGCCUGUCUGUGGCAGAGUAACACCUGCCUUCUAGUUUAAGUGAUGUGCCAAUUUUUUUUUUGCCCCUCCCUUUUGAUAUGGCGUUUUAAUUUUUUAUUUCUUUUUUUUUUUUUUUUUUUUUUUUUUUUUUUUUUUUUUGCCAGCCCACCUGCCCUUUUCUUCCCCUUGGGGUAACAUGGGUAAAAAGUUUAAUUUCCUUAAAAAUUCUAAAUACAGACACACUUAUUUUUAUAACUUUCCCCCCAAAAGUUCUGUGGUAGAAAAUGAAAAACACUUAUUUAGUACGUCCCUUUAUUGUCCUGUGCCAUUGUAGUGUUUAUUUUUCUAAAAAAAAUAUAUAUAUAUUUGCCAUCUUUUUUUUUCUUCUUUUUUUUUAUGUAAACCUUUUUAUUAAUUCACCCAUUAUACUGUCAAUAGUAUUCUUUGAGUCUCUUCACAUGUCUCCCCUCGUUCAUUAAACCAUGCAUACUCAACAGUCACACAUGUAUGCUUACGGUUUUCUUUACACACUCGCUGCUCAGACACACAGGACAGCAGCACCUCCGCGGGUGCCUCCAGGAGGUUUCAGAAGCACAGUGUGUUUCCACAGAUUGAAAGCCCGGCCCAGGGAGUUGUCCCGCUCACUGUUGCUGACACUUAGGCCCGGGUGGUCAAAUAGGUCCAGAAUCCAGUAAAGAUUUUAUUUUGGAUUGGCGCUGUCUUGGCAUCUUUGUGCAUUUGUUCCUAUUUCUCCUUUUUGUUUGUGUUCAACAAUAGUCAGGUAUAAGAGAGCUUAUUCAAAGAUAAAUAUUAUGAUGGUCAUAUUUAUAUUAAAAAAACGUUAAAACGUCACCAGAUUUGUUCCGUCCUAUUUUGUGAAAUGAAACUGGACCUUGCACAUCUUUUUGAGUGAUCUUAAGUAUUGUCUUCCCAUGGUGUACCACUGCUCUCAAGCACUACUUCACAACAGGGAAAACCUUUUGAUUUGACACUGGACUUAUUGCUGCACCAACUACUUGGAUGUGUUGAAAGUACUUGGAUGUGUUGUAAGUUUAAAGGAAAGCAUUAUCUGAGGCAUUAAGUCACUGAACGUGUUAAACUACUGCAGACAUUGUUACUGCUGCUACUGUAUGUGAUGGUUCAAUAAGCUGCACAGGGAUUUGCAGCAGUUGAUGUCUCCACACGUAUUUAAAAUGUGGACAGUUCAGAGUAUAUUGAUGCCUCUAGUAAUGUAUAACUACUAAUUUUAAUCUAUGACAGUGAAGAUAAUAAAACAACUACUUUUUGCA